AUGGCAUUGUCACCCUUCUCUAAUAACCACAUGUUACUAUCACCACGUAGACAUGACACCUUUGCGGGAUCAAAAACGAAUGGUCUUCAUCGCUUCGUGUUAUCUGCUCAUUAUUGGUCCCGCAUUAUGGCCUGUACUAGUGACAUUAUGGCAGUGGUCAAGAGACAUCAUACAUCAUUGUCGGUGCUCUAUCUUCGUUUCGAUAGAGAGGUGAUUGAUUCCCGCUUUCUUUUCCGAUUGGCUCAUUAUAGGCUACCACAGCUACUUGAAUUGCAUUUGAGUGCGGAGGGGUUCUCGUUUAACGACGACUUGAAGCAUACACGAAUGGAUGGUCUUAGACCAUCGUUCAACAAAGCUAUCGCUGCUCUUUUACCUCGUUGUCCUAAUUUGCGGAUAUUGCAUAUUGUCGAGCAACUCUAUUGCAAACCUUCGUUGCCUGCCGGACUAUUUUCACUUGAGGAUAAUGUUAUCUUAUCGCUGGUCGAUCACUGCCGCUUUCUCGAUCAACUGAAGAUUGAUACCAGGGAACGCUACAUCGUGCAAGAUAACCUUACUGCAAUAGACUUUGAAGAAUUCAACAAAAUUAUAACAAAGCAAACGUAG